GCGGCGUUUUGCACAAGUUUUGUUGUGAAAUUUUUCUUUAAAUUAUUUACAUUAAUACGAAGCAUACUAUUUAUUUAAACUUUACCAAAAGCGCACAAGUGCAGCUUUGAUUGCGUGCAAUGAUGUAUGACAACGAGGAAGAUGUAUUUGAGGAGGAGAAUGCUGAGGAGAUUUCCCACGAGCUGUGGCAGGAGGCCUGUUGGAUUGUAAUUAACGCAUAUUUCGAUGAGAAGGGUUUGGUGCGUCAGCAGCUGGACAGCUUCGACGAGUUCAUACAGAUGUCUGUGCAGCGCAUUGUGGAGGAUUCGCCAGCAAUUGAACUCCAGGCUGAGGCACAGCAUACAUCUGGCGAAGUAGAGACGCCGCCGCGUUUCUCGCUGAAGUUUGAACAGAUUUACUUGUCCAAGCCAACGCAUUGGGAGAAGGACGGUUCACCCAGUCCUAUGAUGCCCAACGAAGCGCGUUUGCGUAAUUUAACUUAUUCGGCGCCGCUUUACGUGGAUAUAACCAAAACAAAAAAUGUGGAAGGCUUGGAUCCAGUCGAGACGCAACAUCAGAAAACCUUCAUUGGCAAAAUUCCCAUCAUGUUAAGAUCAACGUACUGCCUGCUGUCGCAACUAACUGAUCGUGAUUUGACAGAGUUGAAUGAGUGUCCACUUGAUCCCGGUGGCUACUUUAUUAUCAACGGCUCUGAAAAGGUGCUCAUAGCUCAAGAAAAGAUGGCCACGAAUACAGUGUACGUGUUCAGCAUGAAGGAUGGCAAAUAUGCCUUUAAAACUGAAAUCCGUUCCUGCCUGGAGCACAGCUCGCGUCCCACAUCAACACUGUGGGUUAACAUGAUGGCGCGGGGCUCUCAAAAUAUAAAGAAGUCGGCGAUUGGUCAGAGAAUUAUUGCAAUUUUGCCAUACAUCAAGCAGGAGAUACCCAUUAUGAUAGUAUUCCGUGCUUUGGGCUUUGUGGCAGAUCGUGAUAUCUUGGAGCAUAUUAUUUACGACUUUGAUGAUCCCGAGAUGAUGGAAAUGGUUAAGCCCUCACUGGAUGAAGCCUUUGUGGUGCAAGAGCAAAAUGUUGCUUUGAAUUUUAUAGGCGCUCGUGGUGCACGUCCUGGCGUCACGAAGGACAAGCGAAUCAAGUACGCUAAGGAAAUUUUACAAAAGGAAAUGUUGCCACACGUGGGCGUGUCUGAUUUCUGCGAAACCAAGAAGGCAUAUUUUCUGGGCUACAUGGUGCAUCGCCUGCUGUUGGCUUCGCUGGGUCGCCGCGAGCUGGACGAUCGUGAUCAUUAUGGCAACAAGCGUCUGGAUUUGGCUGGACCGUUGUUGGCCUUUCUGUUUCGUGGCCUGUUCAAGAACCUCAUGAAGGAAGUGCGAAUGUAUACACAAAAGUUUAUUGAUCGCGGCAAGGACUUUAAUCUGGAGCUGGCCAUCAAGACGAACAUUAUCACAGACGGUCUGCGCUACUCCUUGGCCACGGGCAACUGGGGUGAUCAGAAGAAGGCGCAUCAGGCGCGUGCCGGCGUCUCUCAGGUGUUGAAUCGUCUGACUUUUGCUUCAACUCUGUCACAUUUGCGUCGCGUCAACUCGCCCAUUGGCCGAGAUGGCAAAUUGGCUAAGCCGCGUCAAUUGCACAACACGCUUUGGGGCAUGUUGUGCCCAGCUGAAACACCGGAGGGCGCAGCUGUCGGUCUGGUCAAGAAUCUGGCACUCAUGGCUUAUAUAUCUGUGGGCUCGCAGCCGUCGCCUAUUCUGGAGUUCUUGGAGGAGUGGUCCAUGGAGAAUCUGGAGGAAAUUGCGCCCUCUGCCAUUGCAGAUGCUACCAAAAUCUUUGUAAAUGGCUGCUGGGUGGGCAUACAUCGCGAUCCCGAACAGUUGAUGGCCACGCUACGCAAGCUGCGUCGUCAAAUGGACAUCAUUGUGUCCGAAGUGUCUAUGAUUCGUGAUAUACGUGAUCGUGAGAUCAGAAUUUAUACGGAUGCAGGCCGCAUCUGCAGGCCAUUGCUUAUUGUGGAGAACGGCACGUUGCUGUUGAAGAAAUCGCACGUGGAGAUGUUAAAGGAGCGCGACUAUAACAACUACAGCUGGCAGGUGUUGGUGGCCUCCGGUGUUGUGGAAUAUAUUGAUACGCUUGAAGAGGAGACAGUCAUGAUUGCCAUGUCGCCCUAUGAUCUCAAGCAGGACAAAGACUAUGCCUAUUGUACAACAUACACACAUUGCGAGAUUCAUCCCGCUAUGAUACUUGGCGUCUGCGCCUCCAUUAUACCCUUCCCAGAUCACAAUCAGAGUCCGCGUAAUACCUAUCAAAGUGCUAUGGGAAAACAAGCUAUGGGCGUUUAUAUAACCAACUUCCAUGUGCGUAUGGACACGCUGGCGCACGUGCUUUACUAUCCUAUGAAGCCGCUGGUCACCACGCGCUCCAUGGAGUAUCUGCGUUUCCGUGAGCUGCCGGCGGGCAUCAACUCCAUUGUGGCUAUCUUGUGCUACACUGGCUACAACCAGGAGGAUUCUGUUAUUCUAAACGCCUCGGCUGUGGAGCGUGGUUUCUUCCGCUCCGUGUUUUAUCGUUCUUACAAGGAUGCCGAGAACAAGCGCGUGGGCGAUCAGGAGGAGAACUUUGAGAAGCCGCAUCGCGCCACCUGCCAAGGCAUGCGCAAUGCUCACUACGACAAACUGGAUGACGACGGCAUCAUUGCGCCUGGCAUACGUGUGUCUGGCGAUGAUGUUGUCAUUGGCAAGACCAUAACGCUGCCCGAGAACGACGAUGAGCUGGACAGCAGCACCAAGCGCUUUGCCAAGCGAGACGCCUCAACAUUUCUGCGCAACUCUGAGACUGGCAUUGUGGAUCAGGUGAUGCUCACGCUCAACAGCGAGGGCUACAAGUUCUGCAAGAUACGCGUACGCUCGGUGCGCAUACCACAGAUUGGCGACAAGUUCGCCUCGCGUCACGGACAGAAGGGUACGUGUGGCAUACAGUAUCGCCAGGAGGACAUGGCAUUCACCUGCGAGGGCCUGGCGCCGGAUAUUAUUAUCAAUCCCCAUGCCAUUCCAUCUCGUAUGACAAUUGGUCACUUGAUCGAAUGCCUGCAGGGCAAACUGGGCUCAAACAAGGGCGAAAUUGGCGAUGCCACGCCCUUCAACGAUGCCGUGAAUGUGCAAAAGAUUUCCACCUUUCUGCAGGAGUACGGCUAUCACUUGCGUGGCAAUGAGGUCAUGUACAAUGGACACACAGGACGCAAAAUCAAUGCGCAGGUGUUCUUGGGCCCCACUUACUAUCAGCGUCUCAAGCAUAUGGUGGACGACAAGAUUCAUUCGCGUGCGCGCGGUCCUGUGCAGAUUUUGGUGCGACAGCCUAUGGAGGGUCGUGCACGUGACGGCGGCCUGCGUUUCGGUGAGAUGGAGCGCGAUUGCCAAAUCUCUCACGGCGCUGCGCAGUUUCUGCGUGAGCGUCUGUUUGAGGUCUCCGAUCCGUAUCGUGUGCACAUUUGCAACUUUUGUGGCCUGAUUGCUAUUGCAAACUUGCGCAACAAUACGUUUGAAUGCAAGGGCUGCAAGAACAAGACGCAAAUAUCGCAGGUGCGUUUGCCCUAUGCGGCCAAGCUGCUGUUCCAGGAGCUCAUGUCCAUGAAUAUUGCGCCGCGUCUCAUGGUCAGUUAGACAUAUAAACGCAACGAGGGCUUGGGCACAACUUAGCAGUUAAUUAAUAAAAUAUCAAUAAUUUUGACAACUCA